UCGGUGGUGCCAUGCCAUGUGCCUCAGUGACCUGGGGACAGCUGUUCUCAUUGGUGGAGAAGGUGUCAAUCAACAGUCCUGCAGGGAUGCUCUCUGGAAGCUGGAAAUUGACAGUGAUUUAUGGCUUCCAGUGGGUCUCCAGCUACAGAAUGCCAUGCCAUCGUGCUUGCAUGGUCACACAGCCACCUACGACCCUGACACCAAGCGGAUCUACAUCUUUGGGGGCAUAAGGGAGGACAAAGACUACAGCAGCAUUUACAUUCUGGACACAGUCACCUGGAGAUGGCUCUUUGUGGCUGCUAAAGGGAGGAUACCAGUGCUCGCCUACCACAGUGCAACUAUCUACAACAAGGAGCUCUUUGUUUUUGGAGGAACUUUCCCCAGAAAGGCAUCGCUGGCAGUUGCACCCUGCAGCAAUAUGCUCUAUGUCUUCAAUCCAGAGCAUGAAAUUUGGUACCAGCCCAUUUCAGAAGGGGAGAAGCCUCUUCCUAGGCUUGGGCACUCAGCUACUCUAUUGAAAAACAAGCUGGUGAUUUUUGGGGGUCAGAGGACUUCUGUCUACCUCAGUGACAUGCACAUUCUGGAUCUGGGUAAGAAAGGCUGUGCCUCUAAAAGGUCUGUUCCAAGACAGGGACUUGGGAGUGAGGUGUGCUUAAUGGGAAAAUAGCAAGAGUAUUAUACAAAC